AUGGGCACGUCCGUAUCCUCGAGGCUCGGUCGAAUCCUGGCAUUGUUCAUCCUAUGUCUCCUCAUUAUCCAAGCUGCAGGACAAGACUGCAGUAAAGACAUAUCUUGUGCUACCGGCUGUUGUUCAAAGAACGGUUACUGCGGGACUGGUGAUGACUUCUGUGGUGCAGACUGCGUCGGCACUUGCGACUACAAGUUGGGUUGCGAUGCCAACAACCCAUGCGAACGAGGUUGUUGCAAUAAGUUUGGAUUUUGUGGACUAGGACCAGACUUUUGUGGAGAUGACUGUGUCGCAAGCUGUGAAAAGAAAGCCGAAUGUGAUCCGGGAUUCGGAUCUGAAUGGUCUGAGAAAUCAUCAUGCCCUUUGAACACAUGCUGUUCAAAGUUCGGCUUUUGUGGAACAACCUCGGAAUUCUGUGGCAAGAAGAAGGUGAAACGGCCUUCUUGCGACAAGUCCUCUCACACCUUGGAGCGCGUUGUGGGAUAUUACGAAACGUGGAGUAUCCGGCGUCGAUGCCAAAAGCGCUUCUGGCCGGAGAGAAUACCUUAUGGUGUUUACACACACAUCAAUGUGGCCUACGCCCUUAUCGAUCCAACUUCAUUUGAGAUCAUACCUUCUCUGACCGCAGACAUCGCGCUUUUUAGCCGAGUUACCCACCUCAAGAGGUCAGACCCUGGUCUUAAAGUAUUCAUUGCGAUUGGUGGCUGGACUUACAACAACCCUGGUCCAUCAGCAACGACAUUCUCGGAUCUGGCAGCCUCGGAAUCCAACCAAAUGAAGUUUUUCAGCUCUCUCACAAAGUUCUUGUUCAAAUAUGAUUUCGAUGGCGUGGAUAUUGACUGGGAAUACCCCGGGGCCGAUGAUCGAGGUGGUCGUCCGCAAGAUUUUACCAACUUUCCUAGGUUCUUGAAGAAUCUCAAGGACGCACUUAAGAGAACCGGUGGGCGUGAUGGGCUCAGCAUCACCCUUCCCGCCUCUUUCUGGUACCUUCAGCACUUUGAUAUCCAAAACAUGAAGAAAAGUGUGGACUUUUUCAACAUCAUGACAUACGAUCUUCAUGGCACUUGGGAUAAGGGCAACCAGUGGACUGGCGAUUCUCUCGACGCGCAUACCAACCUCACGGAAAUUCAACUAUCUUUGGAUCUCUUAUGGCGCAACAACAUCCCGUCUGAUCAAGUUGUCCUCGGGCUAGCAUUCUACGGAAGAGCAUACACAAUUGCAGACCCAGCAUGUACCGAGCCUGGGUGUCUCUUUGUUUCUGGAGCGGAAGCUGGAAAGUGCAGUUCCGAAAUUGGUGUUCUGAUGAACUCAGAGAUCGAUGAAGUUAUUGUUAGCAAGAGGCCUACGGUGACCUGGGAUAAGAGGGCUGCGGUGAAAAUGAUGACAUGGGACGGCGACCAGUUGGUCACCUUCGACGAUGCCGAUACCUUCAAACAAAAGGCCGAUUUUGCGCGAAGUCAAUGCUUGGGAGGCCUCACGGUAUGGGCAGUCAGCCACGAUCACACAAACGGCACAUUCUCGCAAGCACUUGGGGAGGCAGCGGAACGAAAGUUCGAAGAACUGCCCGAUUACAUCGAAACAGAAGAUACCAUCAAGAUCAAGCAUGGUCAAUGUAAGUGGACCAACUGUGGAGAGCUUUGUCCCGCUGGAUGGGUUCUCCUCAAACGUCAAGACAAUGACAAAACUCACGAUGGCGAUUGGAUGCUUGAUGAUGGUGGUUGUCCUUUCAAGGGCGAUCUUCGUCGUCUCUGCUGUCCCCCUGACCAAGAAGCCUUCCAAUGCGGCUGGUACAAUUUCAACAACGGCGCUUGUGAUGGUAAAUGCCCGAGCGGAAUGUUCGAAUUUGGAGAAACAGAUCGGGAAUGUUCAACCGCUUCAUGGAAUUACCAAGCAGCAUGUUGUACCACCGGGCAAAAGAGCUUCAUUCGAAUGUGA